AUGCAAAAUCCUUCCGCAGUAAAUCUAGACGGUCAAUAUGGGCCUCUGUUCAAGAAGAGGCUUGCAUCGCGAAUUGAUGGGUCGGACGAUUACCGAUAUGACCUCUCGUGGGUCACGGAGCGGGGCGAGCCGCAGACCCUCCUCCGCUCCCCACAUGAAGCUGGGGAUCUCAUUACUCAAGCAUCAGUAACGAGGGCGUGA